GUACCCCAUACUUUGUUCAGUUAUGACUCUAAUCGGACUGCAUACAGCCUUUGCCGAAAUGACGUUAUGAGAAGUUACUAAUUAUAUCUUAUUAUAGAUCUGAUAGAUUGAUCGCAAAACAUCUUGCUUGUAGAUAAUGACGGAUGAAAAUAGCAGGCUAUUGAAGAAUAAAUCUUUGCCCAAUGUUAGUUCUGCUGCAGGAGCUUUAAGAUCUCCAACACCGACUGUUCCACGUCUACUCACUCCAGGAAGACCACCAUUAUUCUCCGUACCGUCGAGUCAGUCACUCCGAUCUAUGAAAAGUUUAAAUAGCAUUAAUGAUCCGCUAGUAGAUACCUAUAUCAAUAAAAACUAUGGUUCUAAUGGGAGAAAUGGCCUUUCAGAUGAUGAUUUAGUUGGUCUGUCGGUGCUUAACUUCAAUAUAUUCAAUAAGCUUAAUAAUUCAAAACUCGAUAAAGUGGCAUAUUUGGCAUACUAUCUUCCAAUUUUGAACUGGUUGCCAAAAUAUAAUAUUAGGGACAGUCUAUUGGGAGAUUUUUUAGCAGGAAUAUCCUUAGCUUCCUUUCAAAUACCUUUAGUCAUGUCUAUAGCGACAUCUUUGGCACAUUUACCUCCAAUUACAGGUAUAUAUUCGAUUAUCUCGGCAGCUGUUAUGUAUUCUAUCCUCGGAUGUGUACCUAUUCUCAUUGUUGGUCCUUCACCUUCCACGGCAAUCAUGUUUGGUCAAAUGAUAGAACAAAUUAUUCAUGAGAAAUCAUUCGAAGCAUUUUCAGAAUUGGAAAUCCUGUCGGCUAUCUCAUUCACAAUGAGCGCAAUUUUACUUGGAGGUGGCUUAUUAAGGUUUGGAUUCUUAGAUAAUGUCCUAAGUCGAGCUCUCUUAAAGGGAUUUAUAGCAGCUAUGGGUUUAAUCAUGAUCAUCAAUGAAUUCAGUACGGAGCUUGGGUUGGUAGAAUUAGCUCAAACUCAACCUCAUUUAACUACCGUGGAUAAACUCUUGUUCAUAGUGAGAUACUAUAAGAAAGCACAUAUUCUUACAUUCACAAUAUCUAGUAUAACUUUGGCCAUUGUUUUGGUGGUCAGAUACGUAAAGGGCCUAUUAGUCAAUAAAUACAAGAAGAAACUGGCUAUAUAUUUCCCUGAUUUAUUAUUAAUGGUGGUUUUAGCCACAUACUUAUGUCAAAAGCUCAAAUGGUAUGAAAAUGGAGUUGAAAUAGUUGGCAACAUUAAUUCAACAUCAGCAUCUUUCAAACUCGUAAAUCCUUUAGACAUUUCCAAACUUCCUCUUUACAAAAAGACAUUCUCCACGGCAUUUCUCUGUGCCAUAUUAGGGUAUUUUGAUUCAACUACGGCAACAAAAGCUUUAGGUGCUAAGUAUAAUUACAAUGUGUCUUCUAAUCGUGAAUUGAUUGCUUUAGGGUCUUCAAAUUUUGUAGUUAGUCUUGUCAGUGGAUUGCCAUCUUUUGGUGCUUUCGGAAGAUCAACAAUUAAUAUUUUGGCUGGAGCUACAACUCCUAUGGCAACUCUUAUUAUGGCAGCUUGUACUGUAUUGGCUAUUAUAUAUUUGUUACCCAUGUUAUAUUUCUUACCUGAAUGUGUCUUAGCACUUACUACUACUAUCAUUGGUAUAACGGUUCUUCAAGAGAUUCCUCAUGAUCUUCAGUUCUUCUGGGCUAUUAGAGGGUUUGAUGAAUUAGGACUCUUUGCACUUGUUUUUGUCACUACUAUAUUAUGGAGUGCUCAAGCAGGAGUUGGUUUAGGUAUUUUGGUGGCUAUUGUCCGAGUAAUUAGAAAUAGUACGAGAUCCAGAAUUCAAAUCAUGGGAAGAAUUCCAAAUACUACUGUUUUCAGAAAUGCUGAUGCACUCAUAGAAGAAAGUUUUGCGGGAUUUGUAAAUGAGUCCACUGUGAAUUCUCAUAAUUCAUCUUCUGAUAAUUUGUUACAAACAUCAUCCUCUCAAGUACCAGUAAGUACGCCUGAAGCCAAACUAACGCAUUUAAUUGCAGAAAUUGAAGAAAUUGAAGGGGUAUUAAUUAUAAAGAUACCAGAACCAUUGAAUUUUGCUAAUGCAUCAGAUUUGAAAUCAAGAAUGACAAGAAUAGAAAGAUAUGGAUCAUUAUUGGUUCAUCCAUCCCAACCAUCCAUACGACCAUUCAAUAAUCAAACCAUAAAAUUUGUGGUUUUUGACUGUAAGGGUAUGAAUGAUAUUGACUCAUCUGCAACUCAGGUAUUAUAUGAAAUAGUUAGAAGAUAUGUGGAAGAUGAUUCUAUUAUUGUAUCAUUCAGUAGAGUACCCACCAACGGACAAGUGAGAGAAAAAUUUAAAAAAUCAGGCAUUGCAUCGCUAGUUAAUCAAUGCAAUUCUAAGCGACAAGACACGACAAAUCUUGACCCAUCCUGGUCAUCAUCAGGGAUGGGUGAUGGGUUCUUUCUCAGUAUAGAUGAAGCAUUAAAGUCGAUUGAUUUUCAAAACGUUUAAGAUAAGGACUUUUUUUUAUUUGCAGCAAUUAAAUGCGGUGCACGACAUUGACAUUUCGACAAAACGCAUAAUUAUCUAAUCGUGCGACAUUGUCAUAGUAAGCAAAUGACCAAUCCAGACUUUAAUUUCUUUUUCCAA